AAAAUGAAGACUGAUAAAAUAAAUAAAUUAAUUAAUGGCUCCGCCACCUCCAAAGAAACAAACGGUGCGGCAUUUCACGGAUCCGAAACACCCGCUCCACCUCGUCACCAUCUCCGAUGAAUUCCUAUGCAACGGGUGCCGUGAGCUAGGUCACGGCACCAGGUUCCGUUGUGAAGCCUGCGAUGUUAACCUCCACGAGUUCUGCGCCACCUGUCCGGCCACGAUCCGAUCAUCGGUUCUCCAGACCGAAUACCCCCUAACCCUAGUCAACGAGCAUCCGUUGACCGAGCGGAUAUGCGACCUCUGCAGGGACCCCAUCGAAGGGCUCCACUACUCGUGCCCACCGUGCGCCGUCGAGCUACACCCGCUCUGCACCCAGCUGCCGCUGCACGCGCGGCUCUCGCAGCACCCGGAGCAUCUUAUGAAACUACAGACCGGGGAGCUUGCCACUUGUACCAUGUGCUUGAUAAGUUGUACGUCUUGGAGGUACCGAUGCGAUGCGUGCUGCAUUGAUAUCCAUCUGGAGUGCGUUUCUGGAGAUCGAGCUCAUGAAGCCCCGGCUGUGGCGCCGCUGAUGAGUCGGAAGCAUAGCUCCUCUGUUACGCCGCCACCGCCUCUUGGGAUCCCGAUAUCCGGUGAUGGUGGUGACGGUGGUGACGGUGAUGGCGGUGACGGUGGUGAUUGUGAUGGUGACGGUGGUGACGAUGAUGGUGACGAGAUGGAAAUUCCAGAAGAUGAGGUUGAUGCGCUGACAAGCAGCGGAAAGAAAAAAGGGAGAAAACGGAAGAUUUUUGGUAUUUUGGCUAGGGUUACUUUUGCAGCGGCGACAACUGCCGUUAUUGGAGUUCCUUUGACACUUUAAUUCAGAGUUUAAGUAUGUUCGUUCAAGGUACGUAAAUAAGGAUGCGAUGUAUUCCAAUAUGCAUCCAUGAUCCAUCGUUUAAAUUGCGUACGUGUAUAAUUAUGUUGUGUGGUGUAUGCGCUCAUGGCCAUACAAUGGUAUAUAGUAAGAGCUGAUGAUGGAGGUUAAUUCACCGCAGAUUCGAACCCGUGUGGGGUUCGUACCUAAGAAUCUUCUCAUUCGGUGCACAUCCAUCGAUUUGCAAUCUUC